GAGGAAGCUUAUUCAUUAAUUGUUUUGGCGCCCCUCCCAACUCUUUUUGAAUUCCCGCAUUUCCCCCCGUACCUCCUACCUCUUUCGCCAUUUCCAUAUCUCUUCUUCCUUCUCCUCUCUUCAAAGCUUUGUCUGAUUUUCUGUCUGUGUACUGUGUAGAAUUCAACUUCUUCCUUUCACCCCCCACUUCUCUCUUUUCUCCCCACGCUUCAAAAAGACUAUAUUUUUCUUUCUCUGUGGGGUUCUAUCAUACUCCCGUAUCAGACAUGUCAGCAAGCAUUGAGCAGCAGCGCAACCAGAGAAGUGUUCAACAGCAUGAAGAAGCCGAAGAGGUUCAACAUGGACCUUUCCCUGUUGAACAGCUUCAGGCAUCAGGCAUAGCUGCCUUAGACAUUAAGAAGCUUAAAGAUGCAGGUAUUUGCACUGUUGAAUCUGUUGCUUACACUCCUAGGAAGGAUCUGUUGCAAAUUAAAGGUAUCAGUGAGGCUAAAGUUGACAAGAUUAUUGAAGCAGCUACUAAGUUGGUGCCUAUGGGUUUUACUAGUGCGAGCCAGCUCCAUGCUCAGCGGAUGGAGAUCAUCCAGAUAACAACUGGAUCAAGAGAGCUUGACAAGAUAUUGGAAGGAGGAAUUGAAACAGGUUCUAUCACCGAGUUGUAUGGUGAAUUUCGAUGUGGGAAGACUCAGUUAUGUCACACUCUCUGUGUCACUUGCCAAUUGCCCCUGGAUCAAGGAGGUGGUGAGGGCAAAGCUAUGUACAUCGAUGCUGAGGGUACUUUUAGGCCUCAACGACUCUUACAGAUAGCUGAUAGGUUUGGAUUGAAUGGGGCUGAUGUAUUGGAAAAUGUUGCUUAUGCUAGAGCGUACAACACAGAUCAUCAAUCACGCCUUUUGCUUGAAGCAGCAUCAAUGAUGGUGGAAACAAGGUUUGCUGUAAUGAUAGUAGACAGUGCUACUGCUCUCUAUAGGACAGAUUUCUCCGGAAGGGGGGAGCUUUCAGCUCGGCAAAUGCACCUAGCGAAGUUCCUUAGGAGCCUUCAAAAGAUAGCAGAUGAGUUUGGUGUGGCUGUUGUCAUAACAAACCAAGUAGUUUCACAAGUAGACGGUUCUGCAGUCUUUGCUGGGCCUCAAAUCAAGCCUAUUGGAGGCAACAUUAUGGCUCAUGCCACCACUACAAGGCUAGCUCUGAGGAAAGGAAGAGGAGAAGAGCGCAUCUGUAAAGUGAUAAGUUCUCCUUGUUUAGCUGAAGGUGAAGCCAGGUUUCAGAUCUGUGGCGAAGGAGUCUCAGAUGUUAAAGACUGACAAAUGU